CCGAGGAUACCGUGUAACUGCAGCUAGCGUGUAAACUCACAAUGAAGCGUUUGAAAUUAUUUAAAUGUGGUAGUAUUUUAUAAUUGUUGCCGUGUGACGCCAUUUCGCUUUCAUAACUGGAUGCUGAGGCGAGAGCUGUUUGGGCCUUGUGUGUGUCGACAAAAGAAAAACAACGUAGCGGUCGUUUUAAUUGAUAAAAAGCUUAAUUGUGAGCCGCGAUGGUGAAACUCUUCAUUGGCAACCUGUCCCAGGACACCACGGCGGACGAGCUGCGGCCGCUCUUCUCCCAGUACGGGAAGGUCAGGGAGUGCGACGUGGUCAAGAACUUCGGCUUCGUGCACAUGGACGACAAGGAGGAGGCGGACGAGGCGAUCCGCAACCUGCACCACUACGAGCUGAACGGGCAGCCCAUGAACGUGGAGGUCAGCCGCAGCAAGACCAAGGCCUCCACCAAGCUGCACGUGGGCAACAUCAACAGCAGCUGCACCAACCAGGAGCUGCGCGCCAAGUUCGAGGAGUACGGGCCGGUGAUCGAGUGCGACAUCGUGAAGGAGUACGCGUUCGUGCACAUGGAGCGGGUGGAGGACGCCAUGGAGGCGAUCAAAGGGCUAGACAACACUGCUUUUCAAGGCAAGCUGAUGAGCGUGAAGCUUUCGACGAGCCGGCUGCGCACCGCGCCGGGAAUGGGAGAGCGGACGGGUUGCUAUCGCUGCGGGCAGGAUGGUCACUGGUCCAAAGAGUGCCCGAUGGGUCAGGACGGCUCCUUCUCGGAAGGUCCCAUGCCCCGCGAGGGGAAUGGGUACGGCGGUCAGGGCUAUGGCGGUGGCAGGGGGUUCACCGGGGGCUACGGUGCGGGCCCCGGGUUCGGCAGGGGAAUGGGCUACGGUGCGGGCCCCGGGUUCGGCAGGGGGGCAGGCUUCGGCGGUCCUGGGUUCAGAAGAGGAGACGGCUAUGACGCGGGCCCUGGGUACGGCAGGGGCGAGGGGUUUAGCGGCGGUGUGGGGUAUGGCAGCGAAGCGGCUUACGGGGGCGCCACGAGCUACAGCAGCAGCAACAGCAGCAGUGCGUUUCCAGAGCGGCCUUCCAGCUACGAAGAGAGAGACCGCUACAACGUGGUCGACUACUACGAGAAGUACCGGGCCCGGCCUUACGGCAUGCCCUCCUUCGAGGACAGGAGGGUGGCCUCUCUCCCCCCUCUUCCUCCUCCACCUCCUCCUUCCUCCUCCAUGAUGAGAGACCGCCUGUCUGCCUCUGCCCUCAACCCCUAUGAGAGGCGCCCCAUGCCCCUCCCGCCAACUCCAGUCUCCUCCUCCGCCUCCUCCUCCUACUACGCACGAGAGCGCAGCCCCGUCCGCCGGGCUCCCCCUGUGGCAGAGGGGUACGGGUACGAGCGCUCCCGCCUGUCUCCGGUCUCCUCCUCCCUCUCCAGGAGCUCCCUGUACGAGGCGCCGCGGGCGAGGGACCCCUACGCGGAACGGGCACGCUAUGCUUUUUAAUCGCACGCGCCGACAGGUUUGUAUUUACCGCGGGGGGGGGAAAAAGAUCCUCCUCUUCCCGAGCUCCACGCGACGCGAAAUCGGCCGUCUCGUUUCACGCGGAGCGCGUUUCGACUCACGGGAAGGACGGUAUCGCGGGGGCUUCUCGUCGUGUUUCUCCAAGCUUUUAGUAUCUCGUUUCUGAUCUUCCGAACUUCUUCUUCUGACCAAUUCAAGCCUGCUUGUUUGUGUAGUGACACGCACAAUUCCUCAGUUCUUCGUAGACAGCCCUCUUGAGGGGUAUUUGCUGUAACUGUUUGCUGUUUUUGAUGUUUAAUCUUGAUGUUGCUCAUUUCUGCACAAGGGAGGGGGGGAGGAGAACAAUGGCUCCACGGAUUCAGAGAUGGGUUUGUAUUCAACUUUACAGGAUCUGCUGCACACGUGAUGAGUCGUUUGAUGUUUAUAUCUAUCUCUCUAUCUAUAUCUGUAUACAUACGUACAUGCAUACAUACAUAUGCACAAAUAACAUUAACACAGUCCAAAUCAACAAUGUGUGGAGACUUUGGAACAUUGUUCACUAUAAAAAAAAAAAGGCUAUUAUCAACAGGGUGUUCCUCCUUUCUGGCAGUGGCAGAGUCAUCACUGGGGGGGGGGGGGGGCGGAAUUCUGAAAUGAUAUAAUUUGCAUUGUAUUUUUUGUUGUUUUUGUUUUUUUUCUGGCUAGCACUUCUUGUGAACCCAGUACUUAACUACCAAGUCUUCUGAUAUGUGUGUUGUUUUUCAUAGGGACUUUUACACUUUCCGGGGGGGGUGGACCAGACAUGUCACGUCACACCUUGACAGCUAAAACAUUAGCCUGAUAAUGCCUGCAAUGAGAGAGUUUCCAGUCUUACGAUUUAAAAAAAAAAAAAUGAAUGAAAUUUAAAUUCUGCUGCGGCUAGUAGCAGGUUUGGGUGGUAUUCCAAAGAAUGGGCUUAAAGCGAGACAGAACCUUUGUGUUUGUAUCCUGUAUCCCCAGAAAUGCGUUUGAUAACCUGCAGUGAAGGGAGCUUGAGUGUAUUCAGUAUAUACAUACGUCUGUGUGUGUGUGAUUUUUCUUUUUGUUUUUCUUGUUAAUCUUUCUACUCUUGCUUCCUAAUGAGCUCUCUGUAGUAUUUGUAGUUUUCUUUUAUAAUAAAACAGUGUUUUAAAAAAAAAAAGAAAAACACUCAAUGGUAGUAAUGCUAGCAGCAAUGCCCUUGGAAGUCUUUCUCGGUGGCUUUUCAAUUCGGAGGUUGUGGAGAAAGACUGCUGCUUGUGGGAUUGUAUAGGUUUCUUUUUCGGGUUACGAGAUCUGGUGGAAGUGCUGCUGGAUAUCCUCUGUGUGUUAACAGUUCUGAGGCAGGAGACAGUCCAGAAGCAGAAUCUGCACUUCCUAUCUGCAUGUGGAAGAUGAUGAUCAUUUACAUACGUUUCCUUGACAGCUUCAUUUGCUUAUUUCUGCAGAACCUGUAACAGACACCUAUCCAGCAGUUCUCUUUUAAAACCACAAAUGUGCAGCUGGCCACACUGCAAGCAGUAGAAGCAAGUAAAGCCUUUGUUUUUAUCUAUUUAUUUUAAAUGUUGCACAAGGUUCUGUCUCACUUUAGGCUUCCCUGUUCUCCACAUAUUGUGUGUUUUCAUAUAUCUUUUAUUACUGUGUAAGUGAACACAGCCUAGUGAAUUUUUUUUUUUUUUUUUUUUAAUUUGUGUUGUCUGAUAAAAAAAAAUAAAAAAUAAACCAAGCUUUUGGUGAAAGAA